UACCUUUUCUUGGUCGAUGCAAGUGGUGGAUUGUUGUUGCAGCCACUGCUCGAUCUUGUAUUAGUUCUUUCUUGGCGUUCACUGCGUCAACCUCUGUGCGUGCGUACUCUUUAUUUAACUUGUGAGACCAAAUCUUGGGAUCAAACCUGUUUCACCCAACAAAAGAAAGUGAAAUCAAUAUCGUCUCAUUUUCCAAUUGGCGAUUCAAGAUUGUGAACCUCAUCAGAGAAGCAAUAUUGACGACCGUGCAGCCGACAUCGCACCCUCGGUUCCGUGAUCUCGGUGUUCACAAACACGGCGAGAAGGGUGACAAAAAAACGCAAAAGUUGUGAACGGUGUAUUUCGUGACGAGGAAGAGUUUGUGACAGUUGCGACAGUUGCCUUAACCUGCUUCCAAUCUGUUCAUAUUCAUUCAGCGUGUGGUUAUUUGUGGUUGUUUAAAGUAGGAGUGUCACCACGCCAAUCAACCUGCUCUUGAUUACUACAUUGAUCGAACUAUUGCUCGAUUCUGUCAUAUCCACUGACCAAACGUGUGUUGGAGUGCGAAAUAAUAAAAAUGAAUGUGAAUGCGUCCAAUAAGUGAGUGACGGAAUCUCUCGUUGUUGGGAAACUGAGACGAUUUUUGUGAACAGAGUGAGACCCCACGUACAAAAAAUGCGGCGUUUCUGGGUCCAAUUUUUCGUCCUGGUGGGUGUGGCCACAGCUCUGGAUCCACGUUCCUCUCAAACCGUGAACGUGUCCAAGUCGUCGAGGUCGUUUUCGUCGUCGUCGUCGAGGUCGCGAGUGCUCCCGAGUCCUCAUGACCUCGCCUCGUCUGCCUCCGUGGUCCGUGUGGCCAGAACGUCCUCCUCCCAGACGACGACCAUCCCGUCCGUCUCUUCCACCACGCAGCAGCAGCAGUACGCCUUUCCCUACUACAACCACCAUCAGCACCAGCAGGCGCCCCCCUUUGGGAACAACUCCUCCGCCCGCAUGCUCAACAUUGCGCCCAGCGGACCCAGCGGACCCGGCGGACCGCUCAACAUCCCGAGAAACAAACCUCUCCUCUCGUCGCUGGUAAACAAACUUGAGACGCUGGUGUCGAAAAUUGAGCAGAUGAACCAAGUCCAAUCUCAAAUUCAAAAGUCGUUUGACAAUUUGGAAACUCGCUUCACUCUGUCGCAACAGAUGGACGACGUUCCGCAGUGUGGGCGACGAGUUGACCGUGUGUUGCGGACGCUGACCCCGCUCGUGUCGAGGGUGGAAGGAUUGUGGUCCGUCGUUUCUGGAUUCUCCUCACCCCCCGUCAACUCCUUCAACGUCAAACCAGGCACGAGCAGCGUCCCUCCCUCGCAAUUCUUGGGGGACGCGCUUCUCUCGGAGUCAAGGAGGCAGGAACGGGCCAUCACUGCCAUCCGAACCGAUCUCAACGUCAGAACUCAACAAAUCAUGUCAGAGUUGGGAACGGUGGAACAGCAGUUGGACGUUUUGCAACAAAAGAAGGGUCCUCUCCCACCCGGCAGUGGAAUCUCGAUUGACCAAGCUGACCAAUUGGCCACGGACAUUCAGACCACCAACGACGUCACCUUCGACGAACGGUUUACCGUUCCUGGCAACUCCAGUUUGAGGGCCCCACCUUCCAGCGGCGUCCCUGCUGUCGUCUUCCCCUCCGUCAAGAACAAACCGAGUGCUGAGGCCGGAGCGUUGGACGGAGCGGACGCUCUCCUCACUGGGUCUGGACAGGCGAAGGGGUCUUGUGCGGAACUUAUGGCGCAAGGAGCGCGUCGAUCUGGCCUCUACCACAUCAAACUUCCAGGGGCCCGAUCUUCAUUCUGGCAAUUGCUGACUUACUGUGAUCAGGACAUUUCUGGGGGUGGAUGGAUGGUGAUUCAACGGAGGGCGGACUAUGGGGAGCCGAGGGAGAGCUUUCACCGGAACUGGGUAGAAUAUCGGUCUGGAUUCGGUGACCCCAUGCGCGAAUUGUGGAUGGGAAAUCUGAACCUCCAUCUCCUCACCUCCUCCGAGGACCAAGUGCUCAGGAUCGAACUGGAGGAUUUCGAUGGGGAAAAACGAUACGCAGAGUACUCCACCUUCAGAGUUGCAUCUGAGACAGACGGAUUCCGCCUGGAAGUAGGUGGCUACAGUGGAGAUGCAGGCGACGCCUUGAGUGACCCCUGGUACGGGGCGCAUGGGUCCGCGUUCUCUACACACGAUCGGGACAACGACAGGUCCUCGCUCAAUUGCGCGAGCAUGUUGAAGGGCGGCUGGUGGUGGAAGUCCUGUGGGAGAGGUCUCAACGGACUCUACUUCGACACCCAACAGCCCGACUCUGCCCUCGCCCGACAGGGUAUCGUUUGGUUCAGAUGGAAGGGAUGGGAUUACACGUUGAAGAAGGCGACCAUGAUGAUCAGGCCGAAGAGCUUCCGACCAAACAACUCCUCCUCCACACCCUUCACGUCACAAUCAUUCGUCUGAUCGAUAAUUAGAAUUCUACUAAAAAAGAAGUCGGCCUUUCCAAAUUGCUCCAGAAUUGCCGUUACUGCCGACCGAAUUAGAUUGUGCUACGUUUAUUAUAACCUAAGAUAUUUUGCAUGUAUACUUACUUAGUUAAUGCGUAAGUGGUGCAUGUAGAUACCCCACCAGUACUUUUUAAGGUUUUUUUAGGCUAAAUAGCUAUAUUUUCGUAAAGAUGGCAUGUUUCCGUUUCGAUAAUACCUGCUUCCAAGUUUGGCUUUUCUCUUCUUCCUAUGCUACGUGCUACCUUACUAAAACUAUUUUGGUGUGCUCCGAAGCUUUAUUGUAUGUGUGUGAAACUAUUGAUGGGGACGUGUUAAAAAAUCGUGGUGGUCCUCAUCGCUAUUGUUAUGGGAGGAUAGAAGAUUUAGGUUCUUUUCAUUGUAGUGCCAAUGAAAAUCUGAAAACAGAGGCUGUUAUACAUUUUGUAUGUAAAAAUGUUACACACACACACACACGAUAUUUUACUUAAGUUUUAGACUAUGAUUACUUAGGAUAAGAAAUGUAUUGAGAGUUGUCAACCGUAAUGACCAUUUAUAGUGCACGUCACAUUAUUCGCUGUCUAUCUAUCCACUAUACAAGAAAUUAUUUCACAGACGUCAAAAUGAAACACCACAAUGAUGAAGCAUUAAUCCAGUAUUAAAACCAUGCAAGUACCUCAUUUUAUAUUUCAUCGGAGGGACUUUGUUGACAAGUUUUGCAGAUUUUUGAAAUGAAAUGAAUAAAGAAACAAUGUGUAACGAA